AUGAGAUCUUACCAGGACUGGGCAAAUGUCUUCGACCUUUUCUUGGUGGUUUUGGGUCUGGUCGAUCUUGCAGUUAGCCCACCAUUCAGUGGAGAUGGCAACGCUGACAUCGUCUUGCUCAAGGUGAUGCGCAUCUUUAUUCUCAUGGGUGCCAUGAUCAUGGCUAAUGCACUCCACGCCUUCAUCCUCGAUCCAGCUCAAAGCUACGACGCAGCUGGCUUGCUAUGGGACAGGGUGCAGAUGUGGACCUUGUAUGGCACAGCUUACCGAUCUGCAUACACGAUUUACGAAGUGACUUUUGCAGGGAAUUGGCCGACGAAUGCUCGACCAGUCCUCGACAAGGUCAGCCAAUUUUACUCUAUAUUUUUCGUGGUUUAUAUCACGAUCAUCGUCUUCGCAUUGAUCCGUGUCAUCAGUGCCAUCUUCCUGAAGGACACUUUGGACGCAGCUCAAAAUGAUGCAGAGCACCUCGUGGUUGAGAAAAUGCACAAGAAGGCGGACUACGUUCGCAAAUUGGAACACUUGUUUCAAGCCAUCGAUUCUUCUGGAAGCGGGCUAAUCACGGAAGAGCGGCUGACCCAAAUUUUGGGAAAUCCCAAGGUGGCGGCCCUCUUCCAAACCCUGGAUCUGGAUGUGCAUGAAAGUGAAGCUUUGUUUCACCUUUUAGAUGAUGGGGAUGGAGAAGUGACGCUAGCGGAGUUCAUAGAUGGAGUCAUGCGCUGCAAGGGCCCAGCCCGUGCUAUCGAUCAAGUUGCCAUGCAUGCAGAGCUGAAGCAAUUAAGCCGAAGAUUCGGCAAGAUGCUCAAGCACAUGAAGCAGCAACAGGCUUUGCCUGGGAUGCCCUCCCAGCAAUCCACUGCUUCAACACUCCCGACUCCGACUGCAUUUCCAAAGAAACAGGCCACUCUUACGGCCUUCCUUUUCGAUUCUGCCGAUGCAGCCAGCCUGAGUGCCAACCUCAAGGGUCCUGGGCACGCCGGACACGCGCUUGUGUGA